CGUAGGCUGCCGCUCCUAUUGGCUACAGACGCGGAAGUGAAAGUGAGGGGAGAUACUUGCUAUCAACAACAAGGAGCCUCUUUUCUUCUCAGUCAUUGAUGCCUUUCUGACUCCUGGAGGAUUCUAACAGCAGACAUGGCUUUACCGCCUCAGCUGAAGGCCAUCCAGCACCACAUGCGGACCGCGCAGGAGCACGAAUCCCGGGACCCGGUCGUCGCUUACUACUGUCGUCUGUACGCGAUGCAGACGGGCAUGAAGCUGGACAGUAAAACUCCAGAGUGCAGAAAGUUCCUCAUCAAACUCAUGGAUCAGCUGGAGACGUAUGAGCUCUUAAAGAUACGAGGGUGCCUAACCUACUUCAGCACCAUCCUUUAUAACUCACCAACCCUCUUUCAACUUCCACAGAAUAUCCAGCACAGGAAGUAUGCCCGCUGGAAGGCCACCUACAUCCACAACUGCCUGAAGAGCGGAGAGACGCCUCAGUCCGGGCCCAUUGGCAUGGAGGACGAGGAAGCAGAUGGGUACGGAGCUGAAGGCUUCUCAGCUCAGGGUUUCUCCCACGGUGGCUCCUUCAGAGGAGGACCUCCUUCAGACACCUACGAGAGCAUAGACCAAAAUCUGGGUCCGGGUUCUUCCCCAGGGAUCGGCUUCACUCCGGGUCCAGGAUCAGGAGCAGCUGGGCCCCCCAACACCAACUUCAACAACAUCCACAUCCCUCCAGGAGCCCACGCACCGGCCAACACUCCAGCUGAGCUGCCUCCACCCACAGAACCCGUCAAACCUGUGCCUGUUCCCAGAUCUCUGCCGUCUGUCGACCCCUCACUGCUCAACGCACAGCAGCAGGGCGGAGUUCAUCUCUCCCCGGAGGACUUCACCAAGGCGCAGAAGUUCUGUAAGUACGCUGGCAGCGCCCUGCAGUACGAGGACGUGAACACGGCCAUCCAGAACCUCCAGAAAGCCCUGAAGCUGCUCACCACCGGCAAAGAAUGAAGCCUUUGUCCUCCUCCUCCUCCUCCUCCUCCUCCUCCUCCAAUCUCAUCCCUCCCUCCUUCCUUCCUUCUUUUCCUCCACAGCAGCAGAAGCAGCGUCGCUCUAUCUGUCGCUGAUCACACACACACACACACACACACACACACACACAGACUGAGGCCGUCCUGUGAGGAGACGCUCAGCUCGCCGUCAGAGCGAUGAUGGAAAUCGGUCUGCAACAAUGGCUGCCUGUGUCCGACACUGUGACUGACUGACGGCACGACGCCGCGACUCUUUGACUCCUCCGCUUGACUUUUCUCAGAGGCCGAGCAGCAGAUCAAAAAGCUUCGUAACUGAUCGUUAGGGGCUAAUUAAAGAUUCAUCAAUAUCCUCCCAACACAAAACACAAGCAGCGUGCCGCCCGGACUGACAGAACAGGCUCAGUUUCAGCUCCGCACGCUGACUUCUCACUGAGGUCACACGCUGAGGAGGGUCACAGCGGGUUCUCUACGUGCAGAAACAUAUGCAGAACUUUAAAUUGAAACCCAGUUAUGAUGCAUGUUUGAACAAAAGCUUGCAGAAUCCAGUAUGUAGACCUUUAAAUGGAGUUAUUCACACUUCAACAACUAACUCAGAUCCUCUUACAGCUUAUAAUGAUCUCCUCUACCUGAGACCUUCUAAUGAUUGAACCUGGAUCCUCUUCAUCAGUGCAUUGAAAGAAAGAAACCAAGAGUCCCUGAAGUUGUGUUCAAACCAAAGCAGAGCGUCCCAUUCCCAGGAAUGAUUACAAAGUUUGUGCAGCAGACUCAGACGUUCACUCCCACAGCUUGAACUCUGUCUUGUGAGAGUCCAGAGUUUCUCCUGAUGUCUGCAGGUUGCAUCAGAAAUGAAUACAACAACAUCUGAAAUUUAACACCAGCGAACGCUUAACAGUUGCUCGGUUCCUCGUCUUGCAGAAAAAACCUGACAAAACAUGAAGUCUGACUUCCUCAAACAUCUGAAAGGAAAAAUAUUUAAAGGUUGUGUUUCACCAGAGCAAGAAAACACAACAAAAACACUACAAUCUGUUCUGCUUUGGUCUGAACACAGCUUUUAGAAGAGAACCAGACACCAGGAGGAGAUUAGCUUAGCCUAGCUUAGCGUAGCAUGCUAAUGAAAACCAGAGAAAAAAGUUAGCAAUGUCAAAAGUUUCAAACACCUCAACACCUCCCUCUUGGUUUCUUUGUAUCAUCGUUCUCCCAGCUAAAAAAACGAAACUGAAGAAAAACUAAAGUUGCUAAAAACUCAUAUUUUGGUUUGCCUUUAGCUUUUAUGCUAAGCUACAUCAAUUUUCUCUGUACUUCAGCUUACACUCCAGGGAGGCGUUGCAUCCUGUCAGUCAUGAAGCCCCUUAAAACAUUUUGAUUGUUUUGUUUACAACGUUUAAAAUGAUUAGCUUUAGCAUAGGUAGCUUGUUUUGUUGCUUCAAUGGGGCUAGGCUAAUAAGGCUAAAACAAGUUAAGCUAAGCUAUUUUCACCUGGCUCUGGAAAGUCACUGUAAGCAGAAAAUAGCUGCAAAACUGACAACGUUUUGAAUAAGCUAGGCUAAUCAGGAUGAUUUCCUCUGCUGUGCAUGCUAAGCUAGGUUAUUUUCGUCUUGCUCUGGCUUAAAUAUAUGCAAGGCAUUCAAAAACUCAACAUUUUUGGAAUGUUUAAAAAGUUUGAAAUUAAUAGCUUAGCAGAGGUAGCUGGUUUUGUAGCUUCAACAGGGCUAGGCUAAUUAUGCUAAGCUAAGCUAUUUCCACCUGGCUCUGGCUUAAACAUGAGCAAAACUUUAGAAAGUCACUGUAAGCAGAAAAAAAAGCUGCAAAACCGCCAACAUUUUGAAUAAGCUAGGCUAAUCAGUUUGAUUUCUUUUGCUGAGCAUGCUAAGCUAGGUUUCUUUUUUCUUGCUGUGGCUUAAAUAUAUGAAAGAUGUUCAAAAACUCAACAUUUAUAGAACGCUUUCAGAAGAGAUCGCUUGGUUUUGAAUUUGGAGAGAGCCAGACUUCAUAAGACUGCUUCCUUCUGGUCUUUAUGCUAAGCUAGGCUAAUUGUCUCGUGGCUCUAGCUUAAAAAAACUGUAAAUUCUCCCUAAAAUGCCCAUUUUAAUUGGACGUGUGAGCACAUGUUGAAAGAAUAAUCCUCUGAGGUGUUGGUUUGCCAGGAUGAUCAGGCUUCUGGUUAUGCUAAGCUAGGCUAAAGCUAGGCUAACUCGAGGCUAACCGUCUCCAGCUUCAGACACGACAUUGAAAUCAUCUCGUCAUCAGCAAAAACUUGACUAGGAUCCAGAAAUCGUGUUUUUAUUACCGAGAGAUGAGCGAUGACCGAUCAGCUGACGGACUCUUUACGACGACUCAGACUGAAGACUUCCUGUAACGUUUACAAGCAGCGGAUCCUCUGAACCGGACUCUCCAGAAGGUCCACUUCAGAUCCUAAACUUUCUCUGAAUCCAGAACAAUCAGAUCACUUGUUUUCUCUCAGUCACAUUUAAAAACUGUCUUCUUAUUAAAUUAACUACUGAGUUUAAACCAGUCCAGCUAACAUGGAGGACAAACAAUCUCUCUGAGUCUCUGUAGGACGUAGUCUUUCUUUCAGCCUUUAAAUAACGACGUGUUGACACAUCACUCUGUUCCUGUUGAUUGUUUCUUGGGGAGCGGGCGGUGAUUCUUUCUUUCGGGCUGCGUUUAUUAGAUUUUACUUUGAUGGGACUUUAAAGGUUUUCUGUUCCGAGCAGCAGGAGGUCCGGAUCUGUCAGAAUCAGUUUGAAUAAAAUAUGUUGAACGAUGGA